UGGACACAGACUGAGCGAGUACACAACUGCUGCUGCGUUCAGAAAAUGGCCGACAGAUUUUCUAGGUUCAACGAAGAGCGUGAUUUCCAGGGUGGGAAUCACUUUGACCAGUAUGAAGAGGGUCAGUUGGAGCUGGAGCAGGCAUCCCUGGACAAGCCCAUCGAAUCGGUAAGGCUGCAUCCAUCAUCCUGCACCAUUGGACCAGCUGUGAGAGUGGAUAUGAUUGGUCCAGGGAGCAAUAAGAACAACACCUUUUACUCCAUUCAUACUGUCCGUGUAGCUGCAUCCAGUGUUUUCUUGAACACAUUGCCACCUAACUUGUAGAAUCACUUGUCUCAUGUGCAUUAAUAUCCUUUAAGUCCCCCCGCCCCACUUCCCAUGUCCUAUGCCUACUCCAUUUCUUGUGUGACAGUUCAAAAUAAGUAUGUAUAGGCUAGAUGUUCCUGUUUUAUGUAGAGCUUAAAGAUAAUCGUUAGAUUUUUGUAUCAGUUUCCCAUUAGUCAUUGUUAGUCAUCUAAGCGCUAGGAGAAGAAAUUGCUGUGAAACCAUGGAGUGGAUGAAGCACUGUCAUUAGUGGCUGGUUUUUGAGUACUUACAGAAAAAUUCAUACAUAUUUUAAUAUGAAAACUGCAUACACGUUACACAUAGGUGUAGCAUGAGUUUAUAUGCUAAACAAAGCUGGUCACUUAUAUUUUUUUAUGAGUCACUUUGAGAUUUCAAGGCUUUUUUUCAUUUGUAUUUUUUUAAUUUAAUUUAUGUAGUCCUAAAUAAAGUCUUAAAAAAAGGAAGACCAAUAGAAUGCAUUUUGCAGUGCAGAUAUGUUUUUAAAAUGACCACAUUAGUUAGUUUACAGUUGUAUAUCUGAUUGUUUUGCAGUUUGUCAAAUUUAUGUUUAUGAAAACUAUGCAGUGCUUAUUCCACCCCAUUUAGCAAACAAGCGAGUGCACAUUAGAUGGUGUGAGUGGAUACAUUUGUGUUUGAGUGAGUGUGUGUCUAUGUAGCUUUAGAAUUUGUGUGUUAGUGUUUGUGUCUAUAGGACAGUUAUCUUAUUGUACACAACUUGGGGUGUUCGACAUUUCUCUCCUGCAGCGAAUUGGCCCCUAUUAGCUAAGCAGCAAUGACCCGGUUUGUAUUUGCACGCUCUGCUUUCUUACUCCUAUCUUUAGGGUCCUUGUAACGCUUCUCUGACUAUCUUUCUCUCUCUCUCUCGCUCUCUCUCUCUCUCUCUCUCUCUGGCUAUCUCUGUUUCACUACUGUUAAACUUUACAUCUAUUCUCUCUCUACCUCAGUUUCUCUCUCGCUCCCUCCCUACUACACAGUGAUUCGGUGUACAGUACCCUCUGUCAUUCUGUGCUGGCAUGGUGCUUGUGCAACUGGGACUGCAUUUUUCGCUGAAAAGGCACUUCGAUAAUAGCGCAGGCAGCUGUCUUCUUUCUGUCUUUCUUACUUUCUCCAUACCCCCGUUCUGUCUCUCAAGCAGUGUGGUGAGCAGGCUCAAACUCUGCUUACUUUCAGUUUUAGGUCACUUUAUGAAGCAUGUCAGAUAGAAUCAGUAACCACAUAGAGUUAAAUAACUCUGAAAUACAAUUAAAUUAUUAUAAAAACAGAAACAAAUUCUUUAAUCACAGAGUAUACAAUAGUAAAUGAGUAUAAUGAUGGAUGAAAAAUUAUGAACUCAGGUGAAUUAUAAGUACUGUAAAAUAAUUUCUAACCUCAAUAUUAGCUUGAAAAAUAACCUGCAUGUUUUGGAGUAAACAUAGCUGUAUGCUAUAAAAGGAUUUUACCGAGCCCUUGAUUUGACCAAGCCUUGUUGAAUUUUUAAGAAAGGGUAGUAGGUAGUACUCUGUUAACCAAGAACAUUAAAAGAUUCUAUCUAUGUAGAAUUUUAUGUAUGAAGCAGUUCCUCACAGAUACAAAAAUGAUUGUACCGUGUGGGUUAGAGAGGGAGAAAACAGUGAGGGGGAGAGAGGUGGCCUGCUCACCCGGCUUAAGUGGCUCUUUUGCUCCUGCGCUAUUAUUUGUGGAGGGGUCCUGAGGGCCAUGCUGCAGCAUCACACAGCUCCUCACACGUCAGCAGAGGUGUUGUCAACUGUCACUUAAUUGCCAGUACCGUUAGUGUUAUUGAACAUAAUUGUUUUGGAUGGUGCAUGCUCAAAAGCAAGGUGAUUUUACCGACAGUGCUGUGCAAAAGUAUUUAGGCACCCACCAUUUAUUCAUAUUUUCCUUUCAAAUAGCCAGACCUUCUUGUAAUUUUUUUAAGUGGCCUUGUGCAAUAGCUCUCCAGUCUUUCUGAAGGUCUUUAAAGGUUUUUCUUUGGACAUUAAAUACUUUUUCAUGUAUUUUAAGACUAGCUCUUAAAACGAGAGGCCAUUUUCAGAGGCUAUUGUUUCUUUGUUUUUUGUUUCUUUUCUUCUUCUUUUUUUAAUGCCACUUAACACUGACCUGUGAGUCACUGGAGCAUAAAAAAGGCACCUUUUCAAGAUUUGAACCUGUGUUGUUUCUACUCUACUCAUAACUGAAAAUGUAGCAAAGAACCACAUUUAAAUAAUAUCCUUAGGCACUUUGUCACUAGCCCCAUGUAAUGUUUUUUUAAAAAAAUAUUUGAGUUUCAAGAACUGGAGGACAAAAUGGCAGGCCUUUAACAAAAAAAAAAGCAAAUAAAUUUAUCUGAAAGAAAACAUUAAACGUGAGAAAAAGAAACAUGAUAUUGUUAUCAAUAUGUGUGGAAGAGUUCAGGAGAGGGGUACAACCAUUUGUAAGACCUGUUGUAGGCUCUGUCAUGGUUUGGGGCUGCCUUUCAACCAGUGUUGUUUAAGAUCUUUUCUAAAUUUAAGGAAUUAUGAUCACAAAAAAUACGGGCAACACCUUCAUUUUUCAGCCUGACAACGGUGCAGUGCAGUAAAGGCAUGCCUUUUUAUAGAAAUGCACACUUUGGAACAUUAACAAUCAUGGAUUGGUCUCCCCAGACCAUGGCCCUCAACAUUAUUGAAGCACUGUGAGAUCAUCUUGGCUGAACUUCUGUUUUUGAACAGAACUUCUGUUCUGUUCAAAAAGCAGCCAUCAUCCAAAGAAGAGUUUUUAACUGACCUCUAAUUAGCCUGGAGUACUAUUCCUGAGGACUGCUUAAAUAAAUGAUAAGAAAGCUUAAGAAGGUUCAGGGUGUGCUGAUGAAUAAAGGUGUUCAUUCCAAAUUUUGACUUUCAUACUCAUUAGAAUUGUACAAACUGUUUUUUUUGGGGUUUUUUUUUUUUUUUUUUUUGCAGAUGUUUCAAUAAGUCACUUCACCUAUUUCCCAUUCGCUAGCAAAAUAUAAAUAACCGAGGGGUGACUCACGACUUUUGCACAGUACUGCAAUGCAAGCAAAUAUCAGAUGAUAUUUGGUGAUUCAGAAGAUAUUAUGAGGCUGUUCUUAAUUUUAAUAUUUUUUAAAAAAGUGUAGUACAGUUUUUAAAGCAAAAAACGUAACUAUAUUACGCUGACCAAAUCCCCAAAAGCAUGUUUUAAAAACAGAAUUUCAUACUUGGAUGUAAACGACACAUAAAUACAAGUAGAUCUGAAAGUCUGCAUUAAAUUUUAAGCGAAGUUUUUAUGUUGACACUUCUAUCACAGCUUCCUUAGUGAAAACUUCUAAGGCAGUAGAAUUUGUGGCACUUGAUCACCAGUGUUACAUCUCGGAGCUGUUGGUGAAUGCUUUGGCCCAGCUUCUCGGAGCCCCUCCCCAGCCACUUAUUGUGUGUGAUCUAUAGGCAGCUAGAGGUCUGUGGUACUUUAUUGGGAUCUUUUUUUCUCUUCCUAUCUUUCCCAUUUGGUCUUUGCUAUUUUCUCUAACACUGUUUUUUGCAUUGCAUGUGUUAACUUGAUAGCAUUCAGUACUAUUUCCGCUCAACACUCUGUCUUAAUCACAACUACAACCUUUUCUCCCAGACUCAUUUCCCCCACGUCUCUUGACCCUCCUAGUCCCUCAAUCCUACCAUCCUCCUUCCUUCCCUGACCUGACCCAGUACCAGAGCGAUAUGCAGUGGGCAGCCUCAGAGCCACAGAAACCACACAGAUGUGCAAUCCAAGAAACAUGAGUAUUCAGGCCACAGGGAGAUUUAUUUCUUUAUUAUGUAUUUCUAGGCUUCUUGUAGACAUUAUGAUUGUCUCAAAGUUACCAAGGUUCUAAGAGGAACAUUUGGGUGACAGUGUAUCAGCUGUUACUGAAGUAUGUAGGGUCUUGCAUUACAGCCAGACAGUAUCUGACACAGCUGUUUGUCCUUGUUUGACAUCUGUCACAUAAAAGGUAGGAAGAACAACAGCACAAGCAAAAGGUCAAACACAACUGACCCACAUUUUCACAACACCACAGGCUCUAAAUUUACCACAGCUACCAAAGGGGUCAUAAUUGAGACUAUCACAAAUGAUUUAAGUAGCUAUUGGACAUCAACACACUCUCACACACACAAAGAACAGGAACACUUAUCUGUUUGGAGGUGUUUAUUUCUUAACUACACUGCUAAAUUCCCUCACCUUGAAUUGUGGCUUCAGAAUUAUGAGGUAAGUACGUGUUUUUAGUUAUUUUAUUUUAAAUAAAUGAAAUAAAAUUGACCCCCCCCCUUUCUCCCUAAAUUAGUAAGUGAAAUCUUUAAAAUCUGCCAUAUCUACACAUACAAAUAGGCUUAUUAUUUUAUUUUUUUGCCUUUUCAUGCUCUUAGAUGGUUGUUUUCAUUUAGUCAUACGUAGAGUAACUGACAACUACAGAGCUUCACUUUCAAGGCAAUUGCUAAAAUGAACGAGGAGCUGCAGAAAGCAAUCUUGUCUACCACCACUGAAAAUACGUGGUUUUUGUUAGCUUCGGUCCAUACGUUUAUGAGUAUGUCUGUCCAGUGUUGGCAUGUCUUUGUUAAUCUGAGCUAAAGCAAUUUCUCACACUCUGACAGGGACACACACAUACUGUCUCAUUAAAAUGGCUGCAUAGGCUCUCACUAAAAGUAAAUACUCUGAGGUCUCUAAAUGGGGUCCCCUGCAUAUCACUUUCCUUUUUACAUAUAUGUUGCCAUGCACUGUGCCAUUGAAAGCACAUUGCACACUCUUGAACACCUCCUCUUGUAGAGGUCUUUGUUUGGAUAACAUUUUCUAUUUUUUUUCUUUCUCUUAUAUUAACAGUCAGUUGGUGGAUUUAUUGAAAUGCCUACCUUUUCUGUUUGUAUACAGUAUUAUGUUUGUUUUAAAGCAGAGAGAGAUUUGUAUUUUUAAGAACUAGAGAAGCUAGCAGAAUUGCAGUUGAAAGCGUUUGGCCGGUUUCUUACGUUGUGUCACGUGUGACUGUUUUUUUGACAGCCCAGUAUUUUAAAGCCAGGUUCGUAUGGAAAUGCCUUCACUCCACUUGCACUGCUGUUGGACUCGCCGUCGUUGCUUUCAUCUGUCUGUCUGUCUAUUCUUUUGGUGCACUCGUCUGUUCAACACCCAGUCUGCUCCUCAUCUCCGCCCUCUAACUUUUGCUGAACACAUUUUGAACGCAUCGUUUUCUUACUGUCAGCAGUUGGAACUGUUGCCUCAUCCAACAUGCCCUUGCUGGGUUUUUUUUAUUUGUUUGUUUAGUUGUUUUUUGUUUUGUUUUGUUUUGUUUUUUUUUGGGGGGGGGGGGGUUCCUAGUAUAAUUACUUGAUUUAAACUCAAAAGAUUGAUUUGUGAAAGGGAGCAUAUACAUUUAUGGCACUUGAGUCUGAGUCUUUUUUUCCCCUAACAACCACAUUUUGUGCUGGAAAAAUAAAUCAGCUAACAUCAAUUGCGCAGGGGAUGAGGGAGUGCCUUUCUCAGCAGUUAGUUCAGGGUGGAUUUUAUUUUCUCAAUUCCUUCUUCAUAGGUCAGCUAAUUCCCCCCAUCAAUAAAUGCUUUUCUGUGUAGAGUCUUGUCAGACUCCAGUAUUGCAGUUAAGGACAGAAGCAGGUCCUGUGUCAAGAACAGGAGUGGCUUUCACUGCAGCAAAUUCUGCAGUGUUUUCCCCUAACAAUAAAUUCAGAGCACAUUUUGUCUAUUAGGCAUGAAGAAAUGAUCCUUAGUGGCCAUAAAGCCUCUAAUUCAUAUAAGUCCUUGCCCAACUGCUAGGCAGCAACAAGUAAUAAACAGUGAUUUGCAAGACUUUUUAAUUUAGCCUUCAGUGUCCUGAUUUAGGAGUUGAUUCAGGCAGUCUGUCUCCAGUUGCCUUCCUGCCAUGUUAGUCCCAGCGCAUAUUUCUCUCUUAUCUCAUUCUACAGCGGAAAGGAUCUGACAUUUGCACAGUAAAGGAGUAAAAAAAACCCCCCAAAAAAACCAACCCAUCAAACUGUAACAGAAACAAGAUGUGAAGAAUUUGAGUCUUUCUUGAGCAUUUGCUGCAAACAUCAGCCAGAUGAUUUGGAUAUGUUAUUCUUGUCACCAAAAUGCAAAGUAUUUUUAAGUUUCCAGAGUAUGUCAUAUUGUACAAGUAUGUCACUUGUAAAAUAGGGCAAAGGAAGGCAACAGUUUGCUUUGAAAAACCACCUUAAAAAAGGGCUACAGCCAGAUGUAUCUCAAUUAAAGUCUCGUGGGCGGAGAUGCAGUAUGCACACUGCGUGUGUGAGUACCACUCCCCUUCACAUGCACUAACUCAUACAAGCCCAGUUCACUUUCACCACCCUAGAAACUCACCCUCAUCAUGGCUCAGCCUGCUCUGUUCUGCUCCCAACCUCCUGUUUUUACCAAAGAGAACUAAUUGAGCCCCGUUGAGCCAUCACUUUCCUCUCUGUGCCUGAACCACCUGAGACUAACACAGUUGGAGUUUUGUUAACCCGCCCACACCCCUCAGCCCGCCCCACUCCUCUGUAUGUGUACCAUUCACAGUGCGCUACUAACACCGACGACCCUUUUUGUUAAAACUCUUUAACAAAAAGCUGCAUGCAGUUUUUUUUUCUGUUUAAACCCCUUCACUUUCUGUUUGUGAAAGUUGAUGUCAAUCUCUUUGUGAUUAUAAAUAUCCUUUUUGUUUGGUUUGUAUGUUUUUUGGUAGAAUGCAGCACUCUGGUGAAUGUUAGACAAGCUUGGAAUAGUUAUAAUCACAACAGCAAAACACUGCUUAUUAAGAAAUCUCAUCGUUACCUGUUUAUUUGUGCUUGAGGAUGUACUGUAGUGUGUAGUGGUGGGACGGUCUUGCAUUUCACUUAAUGUUUUUGUUUUCUUGCUGACCCAUACUAGUGAUAUAACGGUCUCCGACAUGCACAUUUGGCCCCACAGUGUGCUAAGAGUUCCUGUUGUGUAUGUUUUUGCACUCCUCUUGCCUCUUUGGUUCAUUAUCAGUUGCUUGAUCUUGUGAUGCAUUUGUCAUAGAAAUCAUUAGUAUUAAAAGAAAAGCCUUGCACGCACGUUCAGAGGCCUCAAGUAGUUUGAAGGUAUGUUUUCUCAUUUCUGAAUACUAAUGGUAUCUAUGAAAAUAUCAAAUUAUAAGUGUUGAAAUUGGUGGGAUGUGACGAUUGAUAACAGACCAGAGCCGCUAAGGAUGUCCAAAAACAAGCACAACAGCUAUUUUUCGUAUAUCUGGUGGGGCUACAUGCACACAAUGUGUUCCUCUCUUCACCUGCACACCCGCAUAUCCCCUCACACAUGCAUAUUCUAUCCACCCUGGGCCUUGUAAUGGUAAUCCAAGGCCCACUAGUUCCACUUCUGUCUCUUCCUGUUGCUAUAAUUUUUUGUGACAGCUGCAUAUGUUUCAUGGUGCUCUCCUCGUCAUGGUUACAGAAUCACAGCAAGCUUGGAGUUUCUGGUCUUUGUUUUGUUUAUGCUAGAUUUCCAUACCUGUUCUGUGUUACUUUUCUUUGUGUACUGAGAUCUUGCUCUGUAGUGGUUCAUAUAUGUAUGCGUGUGAUACAUAUAUCGCCCUCUCCUUCCUCCUUCCUACUCCUCCUCCUCUUAACUUCUCAGUUAGUGGAUGUGACUUCAUGUGUUACCUUUAUCAAUGGAAAAAUAUAGAAAUAAUCACGCCCAGUUUCUUUGCCUAAUAAAGGUUUUUAAAAUGCACUCCUACUUCAGGAGGAUAUCUUGUAGUUUACAGAUUACAUAUAGCCUCAUGUAUUGUUCAUAGUUGAAUUCAACCCUUCCUCUCAGUCUCCCACUUUUUAUUCCCCCACACCCAGCCUCCCUUACCACUCUUUGUGCUGGAAGACACUGAUUAUUACACGCUGUAGGUGAUGACGAUAAUGACGAUGGUGUUGGUGGUGGUGGUUGUGCUGAUGAUGGUAGCGUGAUCUGAGUGUUAUUUAUUUAUUUUUUCUUUGUUAGUGUUUUUUUAAUUUUAAUUUUGUUUUUAUUUUAUUUUUCACCCGUGCUACGGGUAAAGCUCCUCUUAUUAUUGGAAUAUUUUUGGUUUUUUUCUUCUCUUCUCUCUCUGCUAGGAUAACAUCGGGCACCGGCUGCUUCAGAAACAUGGCUGGAAGUUGGGCCAAGGCCUUGGCAAAACCAUGCAGGCGAUUUGAUCCUGCCCAUGUUGUGCUGAUGGUAAACUUAGUGGUAAAUGUUAUUUUAUCCCCCAAUUGAAUUGUUUUCUGUUUGUUUUUAUUUCUCCAAUUUUUUUUUUGGUUUGUUUUUCCUUUCAUCAGAGCACCAAUGCUACAUAGGCUUUAAUUCUCUCUGUAUUAGUCUUCAUUCUGCUGCUUGUAUAUUACCAUGCAUAUGUAUUACUCUUAGAACAUUGUCAUUUUGUUUGUUUUCAGUUUUUUUUUCUCCAAAAAACCUUGUGAUUCACACCCUGUGAUUUAGAUGCACAUUGUUUUUGUCUGGUCCCUUUCUUUUUCACUGGAAUGGGUAAUGUGGAAGUAUUGUCACUGUGUUUAAAGAUUGGUGAUAGUUUGGGAUGACUGUAAUUGUUCAUUAAUCUAUAAUUCUAGGCCUGACUUGUGACUUGUCAGAGAGACCACUGCAGUGGCUGGCUAACAGACUAAACCCUGUUUUUGGUUUCACUUCUGCUGCUGCUUGAUAAAGGGCAUGAACUUACAUGUCCAGGCUAUCAGUAGUCUUGUGAUCUCAAAAUCAGCCGUUUUCUUUCACUUCCUUAGUUUGAAUAUGGCCAGAAAAAUCAUCCAAUCACUGUUAGGUAUUCUGUUUAAGAAAAAAAAAAAGCCUGCCUAGGUGACAGACACUGCCGUGGGACUGAGAGUGCAGGCAGGCCGUUAUACAGGGUGCUACUAUGCCCAUGCAUUUGUUUUUAAAAUGACUAUGUCAUUGGGCUAUGAUGGCUAAAAGAAAUGGAGAUUUGCAGUACAUUUUUUCUUACUUUCCUGUCUAGGAAAGUAAGAAUGUGUAAGAAAGCCACUGCGGUUGUGAUAAUUUUGAAAUUGUAAUCAAAACCAAAAGGUUUUGAACAUAUUAUUUACUCCAUUACUUAUGUUUCGUUCUCUUGAUUGAAAAUCAUCUGUAUUUACGAAUAGAAGAAUUCUAUUUUCUCUUCUUUAUAUACGGCACCAACUGGUAGUAAGGUUACAUCUUAUUUAGCGCCACUGUAAUUAAAUAUUAGUAGUUUUUCCAUAUGCCCAAUGGUAUACAUAUAAAUUUAAUUUGUGGAAAAACCUACAUUGGAUUAUUGGAUUUGUGGGAGGGGAAAAAAACUGAAACCAAACUGAAUUGAUAAUCACUAUCAGUGUGAUUAAUUAUUACAUCUGGCUGGCAUCAGGAGCAGCAGACUAGUCCAAAUUCUCUUUAUGCCUUUUGUUUUGAGAUUCCCCUGUCUGUCUGUCUGUCCCCCCCUCCUUCUCCUCCUACUCAUGCCCAUGUUUUACCAGGUAAGUAUCCCCCAUCCCUUGCACUGUCACCAUGGCGAUACCUGGCCUGUGACGUCACUCUGCUGUAGUUCAGUGCUUGUGUCCUUUUUUCUUUUUUUUUUUUCUUUUUUUUAAUUUGACUCUUUCUCUCUGCUUUGUUUGGCUGAUUAUGAGUGGAUCAAGCAAUUCAGUGUCAAUCUCCAAUGUAGUUUUGAUUUACAUAUAUUUUAUAUCUUUAAUGUUUCAUUCUGUUUUUGUUUUUUUGGUUGUCUUUGGUUUGUUUAUUUUUCUACAAGUUAAUUUCCUUCUGAUCUAGCUCUUUUCACAGCUUACAUAACAUAGGUUAAGUAAACGGAAGAAAAAUCUUUCAGCUUCAGUCAUAAUGAGGAAAGGGGAGCCUCUGACAAGGGAACAGGUUUGGACCUCAGGACAGUAAAUGGUUAGACAGACAGUUCAGCAAGAAGUGAUGCAAUAGCCUUUAGAUAAUAUUGGGAGCCUUUGUUACUCUCAAGGAGGAUGUCGCAGUGGUGUUUUGUGAGCAGUAGCAGCAGCUGCAGCUCCCCUCACACACACACACUGUCUCUCAAACACACACACACACACACACAGUCCCUCGAGCUGCAGCGUCCUUGAUAAACUUGGCAUUCUGGUUUAACAGGACUGAAGGAAUGAAAGGAUGGAGGAGGGGUGCCAGAGAGGCACAAAUGAAAACAUACUGGCUUAAAGAUCAGUAUGCUUUGUAGUGUACUUCUAUAUCAAGACAUUUUACUGAGCUAUCCUGAUCCCCUUGUCUUCAUUUACUCCAUCAGGAAUCCAGUGCAGCUAAUUUGACUCAUUCAUAAUGCAAACCAGCAGCCCAGUCAAAUGUAACAGGAAGGCUAAAUUGGUUUGUAGCUGGUGGCUGCAGUAAGCUGUGAGAAUGGCUGGUGUUUGGUUCACUGUAGCUUUCUGGUCUCUUUGCACUUGAAGGCAAAAUUCUCUAACCCCAGCACCCUAUGCUCUAAAAGCAGGCUGUCUCCGAGUUGGUUCUUCAUCCAAGCAUUAAAAAAAGCUCACCUGGUCCUCUCUCUCUCUUUCUACCCUUAGGACGCACUGACCCUGUGCCCAUCAUCCUUAAGUAUGAUGUCAUGGGGAUGGGACGAAUGGAGAUGGAGCUGGAUUAUGCCGAGGAUGCCACAGAGAAGAGGAGAGUCCUCGAAGUGGAAAAGGAAGAUACAGAAGAACUGCGACAAAAAUACAAGGACCAGAUGGAAAAAGAAAAAGCCAUCGCAAAAGCUCUGGAAGACCUGAGAGCCAAUUUCUACUGUGAGCUGUGUGACAAACAGUACACCAAACACCAGGAAUUUGACAACCACAUUAACUCUUAUGACCACGCUCACAAGCAGAGGCUUAAAGAGCUCAAGCAGAGAGAGUUUGCUCGUAAUGUGUCAUCACGUUCCCGGAAAGAUGGAAAAAAGCAAGAAAAGAUGCUGCGGCGAUUGCAUGAGCUUGCUGAGCAGAGAAAACAGCAAGACCGAACUCCUGGAAGUGGACCUAUGUUCAAAACAACUACAGUCGCUGUUGAUGGAGAGAAAGGAGAAGACAGCAACAGCAUGACACCUGAGAAUAGUAUGACACAGUCUUUGGCAGACACUGCCCUGGAAGGAUCACUGUCAGAUAAAACUGGUCAAGCCUCCCCAAAGUCUGGUCCAACCUUUAGCUUCUCUCUGGGAAAGAAUGCCUCAUCCUCGCCAACUUCCAGCAACGCAUCAAAAGUCAGUGUAUCAUUCUCUUUUGCCAAAAAAGCACCAGUAAAACUGGAGACAGCAGCUGCUGUUUUUGCUGAUCAUGGUGAGGAAGCUAUGGAGACAGAGGAGAGUCAAGAGGGAGAAAAGGCUGGAGGACAAGAUGACACAUCAGGCUGUGGCACAGACAGCCCUAAGGGACUGUCUGGAGGAGGGGAAGGAGGAGGAGGAGGAGGUGCAGCAGGUACAGAAGGUACAGAAGAGGUGCAGCAGCCUGAUGAUGGAGGAUCUUUAGCAUCAACGCUUAGCAAAUUGAAAAUGAUGAUGAAAACCAAUGAAGGAUAUGUUGGACAAGAGCCUCAGUACUACCACUAUGUACCACCAGCUCACUGUCGAGUAAAGCCACACUUCCAGUUUUUGCUGUUCAUGAAAGCCUCUGAACAGUGUCAGAGCAAAGAUGAAGACGAUGAGGAAGAGACACAAGAGGAGAACAAGGCUGAAGAAAGUCCAGAACAGACAGAGAGCGGUGUGACAGAGUGCAAGACUGAAAAGGAACAAGGCAAUGUUACUGUAGAUGCUGACCCAGACCUAGUUCCUCUAUCAGCUAAUGUAAAGGCAGAAGAGGAGACCCCUUCAUGUGCAGAAGAUGCAGCUCCUGCUGUACCAGCUUCACCCACCCAGAAAGCAGAGACGCGUGAUACUGUGGAUACAAACGCUGGUCCGAAAAUGCCCACUGGUCCCUUCUUUCCAGUCCUGAGCAAAGAUGAGACUACAACCCUGCAGUGGCCAUCAGAGCUCCUUGAAUUUACAAAAGCUCAACCUUCCCUGUCUUACAGCUGCAAUCCCCUCUACUUUGACUUCAAACUGUCCCGUAACAAAGGAGUGCGUGGUGGGAAAGUGGCAAAGUCCCCCAAGCCUGGUGAAGACACUGAUGACAAGGGACAAGAAGUGAAUGCUUCACCAUCUGAAGUAGAAAUGGCUACUAAACCUGGAACUAGUGCUGACAAAGACAAGCUAGUGUCAAAAGGAGAGUCUGGGCAGCCAGAAAGUGAAGAACAAAAGCCCACAAGUGGAAGUAAUAGUGCAAAGAAAAAAAAGAAAAAGAAGAAGCAUAAGAAGUCUGCAAAGCAUUCAAAACGCAAAGGAAAAGAAAAAGGAGCGGGAGAAGAUGCAGAAGGUGAGACUGAGGUAACACAAGAAAAGCCCAAAAAAAAGAAAAAACACAAACGUAAGAAGAGCAAAAACAAGGCUCAAGAUCAAGCUGAGGCAACUGGUGAAGAAAAGGAAAAACCUAAACCAAAGUCAGAAGAUAAAGCUGCUGCCUCCUCUGUUCAGCUGACAACUGGAGGGGAAGGAGCUACAGGAGCAGAACUGGGGAAGAGGAAACGUGGUGCUAAGGAAGUGCCUUGCAAAUCUGGAGCAGAAGGAGGGAAUGGAAAAAGUACUGACAAGGCCAACUCAUCUGAGGAGCACAGUGGCAACAAAAGACAAAAGACUGACACCAGUGCAUCUCAAAGUGCCUCGUGCUCCACCUCAGCCCAAAAGAGUCCUGGCUCUGGUAGACCUCCGAGCAGUGAAAGUGAAGAAGAAGGGGGCUCUAAUACCCAGCGCUCACGUCAUCACAGGUCAAGCCCGAGGGAACAGCGCCGCCACCAUAGUGAAGAAUCAGGGCGAUCCUGCAGCCGUUCAUCGAGACGGGGGGAACGACGAGGUAGCAGUCGCCGACGUCAUCGUGGCCAAACCUCCCGUAGUCGCUCUUAUUCCAGCAGCUCUGAGCGCUCCUCAGCAGGCAGCAGUGCCUACAGCCACCGUAGCCGAAGCUACUCAGACAGCUACAGCGACUACAGCACAGAAGGUCGCAGACGAAGGCGCUCCAAACGUUCAUCCGACUCAGAGUAUGACCGCAGGAGUAGCCGAGGACGUAGACGAUCCAGGAGGCAUCAGUACACAUCUUCCUCUUCAGAAGACUCACGCUCACGCUCACGCAGCUACAGCCGCAGGAAGAGGCACAGACGGCAUCAUCGGAGCAGCUCCAGAAGCUCCAGCAGCUGGAGUCGCAGCACUAGUGCAAGAUCCUGGAGGCGGAGCUACAGUCGUAGCUACAGCUCUGCUAGCCGCUCCUCCAGUUCAAAUAAAGGGUCUCCUCACAGGCGAAGCACUAGGGGUCGUGAGGAUAGUGACACCCAUCGCAGAGACUUCAACCGCUCACGCAUCUACCGCUCCCAGUCUCCACGGUCUUCUUCUUCACGAGGCCUUAACCGCAACACCCAUUCAUCCAGCUCGCUGGGUCUGAGACCAGGGGGGUCUCGAGAUGCAGGAGAACAGAAAAACACUCUAACUGCACGACAGCUGUUGGAGAAGGUUCAGUCCAAGAAAAGCUCUGAAGAUUCUACCACAGGAACAAAAUCUGGGAUUAAGAUUAAAGACCCACCGCAGGGCUAUUUUGGCCCAAAACUACCCCCAUCCCUUGGAAACAAAGCCAUGCUUCCACUAAUUGGUAAGCUGCAGGCAGGGAAAAAGCCAGCAAUUCCUUUAAUCAGACCUGAAGAGGGAGAGAAAUCAGGGACAGGGAAGAGCUGUGAACCUGAAGGAGAGGUUAUAUUAGUAGAACCUAUAAGGGAGUUCCCACCUCCACCACCACCUCCAGCUCCACCAGUUCAGAAGGUUGAGGAAGCCCCACAGAGCACAGUGACUCAAGAAGAGACACAGCAGCCUGCAACAGAAGACCAGGGGCACCAAGAAACCCGGCCAGUAUUUGAACAAGAGCCCUCCAUGAUGAUGCCCCAGUACCAAGGAGAGUCAGGACAAGACCUUUCCCAGAACCCAAUGAUGGAGUCCAUGAUGCCUGAAAUGCAGCAGCAGCAGGCUGCCAUGCAUGCCUACCCUGGUUACCCACCGCCCAGCUUGGAGGAGGAUGGCAUGGAGGCAGAGGAGGAUGGACUGGCUCCUUUGGAAAGUCAGCCAAUUACAUUCACACCAGAGGAGAUGGAGAAAUACAGCAAGCUGCAACAGGCUGCACAACAGCAUAUUCAGCAGCAGCUUUUAGCCAAGCAGGUCAAGACUUUUCCCUCAGCUGCUGCAGCAGCCGCUGCCGCAGCAGCCGCCACUUUGGCCCCAGCGCCCCCUCCACCAGCCCUGCAGCAGAUCCACAUUCAGCAGCCAACUGUGUCCGUAGCUUCUGGCACAUCCAUCACCACAGUGCAACACGCCAUCCUUCAGCACCAUGCAGCCACUGCUGCAGCAAUGGGCAUCCACCCAGCUCAUCCCCACCACCCACAUCCGGCACAUGCCCAGCUGGCCCAGGUACAUCACAUUCCCCAGCAUCACCUUACCCCCAUCUCCCUGUCUCCUUUGGGGCCGUCACUUGGUCAUUCUCUGGGACAUUCACUGGGGCAUGCAGGAUUGAUCCCUGCCCACCCAACAGCCUUCCUCUCUGGUCAGCCAAUACAUAUUAUCCCUGCUUCUGCACUUCAUCACACCCCCUUAGCUCUCCACCAUGUUCCACACACAGCCCUCUACCCCACACUUUUCACACCCCGACCCUCACAGGCUGCAGCAGCAGCAGCGCUUCAGCUCCACCCACUCUUACACCCAAUAUUCUCAGGACAGGACCUCCAGCACCCCCCUAACCACGGCUCUUGAAAACAAAUGAAAAUGAAGUAGUGUGUUCACAACAACCAACCACUAAAUGAAAGACUUAACCUGAACGCUCUUGGUUUAGGGUUUUAAAUAAAGUCUUUGUUACAUCAUGCAGGCUGUAAGAUGUGGAUCUUAUGAGAACUUUACUGGCCUUCACAGUGCAGCACGUCACCACAAAGUGGUUAAGACUGCUGGGUUCAAAAUCGACACUAACAUUUUCUUCUGGUACAUGUGAGAUUUUUAUUUUCUCAUUUUUUCACAGAUUUGUUUCUCCCCCUCUAAAAACUGUAGACACUUCCUCUAGACCAUUGGUUUAUAUUCCAAUUUGGGGAAUAGUAACAGCCUCAGAAACUACUGGAGUUUUUUGUUGUUGUUUUUUUUGCUUAUUUUGGCAGCCAAAGAGAUACAUGAUGGCUAAAGGUGUAAGCAGAAUCGUGUUACGAUUCAAGGAAGUGGUUUUGUUCUAGAGGUGAACAUUUUAAUCUGUGUAAUCUAAUUUUCAGAGAUGGACUCUUUCAUGAUUACUGAUCUCUUGUUGUGUUUUCAAAUGACUACUCACUCUCUAUUGGAUUCUUGGUUUAAAAGUAAUUUGUAAUGCAGUAACUUGUACAUAAGUCAGUGUGUAAUGUGAAGAAACCCACCAGUGACAGCCAUAUGAAAAAACAAAACAGAUAUGGUGUCCAAACAAGUAUGACACUGUCAUACAAGAAGCCCUCUCUAAAUCAGGGGAAAUAUGAUGAAGGGGUGUAAAUCUCCUGAAUACUCUGAAGCAAAGCUCUUGUUCCCUGGGAUGAGGGUACAUCUGAAUCAAUUGCACUGAAAUCUGUACAUCAAGAUGGUGCCUGUGCAUCAUAUAAUAAGAUUGUAGUAUACUGCAAUAAUUGUAUUUUUCUGUUUUUUUAAAUUAUUUUCCAAAAUGCUCUUCAAAAGAAGAGCUGUGUUUGGCUUUUUUUUGUGUGUAAUUUUGUAAAUAAAACUGCUGUAGAUUAACCUAUUAACGUUCUACUGGGUUGACACUGCUGUUGGGGGGAGGGGAAAAAAGCAGACAAAUGACAAAUUGGAUGGGAGGUGGACACAUGUAUUUUAUCACGGUGGUUUGUUCAUCCCUGCUGGGGUGCCAAACAGCAGUGACCUGUUUAAAAAGAAAAGUAGCAACUCUGUAUUUUUUAAAGAGUUAACUCUGUUUCACCAAAUAAAAUCCUGAGUUUGUG